UCUAGCCCAAUAGGAAGCAGCGUCAGAGGCGGCCGCCAGCUGACACCCAGCAAUAUCAAAUCACACACCUGGUUAUAUCCUUACUGCCAUGUGUGUAGCGCUGGUCUGGAACUGAGCAGCAUCUGCUCAGAGAUUAAAACCCUCUGAACCAAAUCAGGGCAAACUGUGUGUAGACAAGGCUUAAAAUUUUAAAACACUCACGCCAGGCGAGUCACCCAGCCCUCGGGCCUUUCAUUUCAGUGAAUUUUUCCCUAGCGGCGACCCUGCAGGAAAUGGAGGUGCCCACCGUAGACACCAUGAUCUGCAACGAUCGCUUCCGAGUAGGAUUACAAAAGCCUGCGGGUGACAAUCCCAUCAAAGAAGACAUGAUGUGUGCCGGGUCCAUGGAGGGCUAUAAAGGCUUUGCUUCGGGUGACUCCGAGGGACCCCUGGUGUGUGAGGAGGACGGGACCUGGUACCUUGCUGGGCUUGUGAGCUGGUCACUGGUGAGAGAAGUGAAUGGGGUACUCACUAUUUUUCCCGGUUACCCUGGGGUCUACAACCGCCCGAAUGCCCACAACGACUGGAUCCAGGAGAAUGUGCCCGGUGUGAGUUUCACGGUGGUGAACUUCACUCUGAACAGUGCCAGUCCCUCUACCACCAUCACUCCGAGCAGUGUCCAUCCAUCUGCCAUCAUCACUUGGAAAGGUGCUGGUGGCCCCUCUGCCACAAUCCCCAGGGUCCUUCUCCUUGUAAUGCUUUUGCAGCUGACUCUCUGACCCCUCGACUCGAGUGGGACCCCAUCCCACACCAGCCCUUCCUCACCCUUCACGCACAUAGACCAUGUCACUUGUGGGAUCAGUUCCAGUGUUCUAAACCUGACUUUGAUAAUCAAAUUGAAGUUACAUUUAAUAUUAUAACUGCUUUGUUUGUUUGGCUCCUGUACGGUUAUUA